AUGGCUCAGGCUGUUUUAUGCUGGCAACAGGAACAAGAAAGGGCAAUAGCCCAAUCGAACGGCGACCAUCGGGCCUUGAAAGAGCUGAAAGAACUGGAAGCGAAGCUGGAACGUCGCAGAGUGGAGAAUAACCUCUUCAUCCAGGCGGUCAGCGACGCCACAGACUUCCAACAGGAGCGGGAGAGACUCGACAACAACGUCCUGCACAAGGCCCGCAGCCGUCGCGAGCUUCUCCAAACCUCCUUCGCCAAGGGCACCAGCUUUGUCCUUCCCUCGCAGUCCAAGUCCAACUUCCCCCACACUAACACCGGAGAAGCUUGUACUCCGCUGCCGGGUAUCCCAUCGGCCCGAUGUCCCGAGCCGAGACGAGCGGGUUGCGGCGCAGGAGGGAGCGGGGCCGGCGGAAACGGCCGGGCUCACUUCGUCGAAAGCUGCAAGGGUGGCGAGAGUUGUGCCACCAACUCCGCCGUCGUUUACAACAGCGGUGAUAGAGAGUCCCGGACCUUGGUGGCACAGGAACACCACCUUCUGCAACGGAGGCUCCACCACCAUAACUUCAAGAAGAGCGCUAGCGCUAGGAACUUGGCGGGAACUGACGGUAUGGCCGGGCGUCAACCGUUUCCUGCACGCAAGCGGAGGUGGGUUUUGGCGGGGGAAGUGGCAGUACCACAACAGGCUGCCAAGGCAGCACGGACGACACGUCUGCUCGCGUCGGACAGGACGGCAAUUCACCUUGCCCUGAACUGUCGGGCAGUGCUAGUCUUGACUGCAACAACGUCGGGGACCGCGGGGAAGGGCAGGACGAGGCGCCUCGUAGCGGUGAAGGGCAACACCUUGCUUCGAGCGGAAAAAGAGUUUAUUCCAUCGACCAGGGUUCGACGACGAUAUCAGCGAUAG